AUGGCCACGGGACUUGCAAAUAACACAAUCGUCCAGGGCACUUUCACUAUGUUCCCGGGAUACGCCAACAAGUUUCCAUCUACUGGCGCAUUCGAUAAAAUAACAAACAGUUUUCUCAAGUGCUUGGGUUUCUGUUUGUUGCAUGUUAGCUGCAAUGUAGUUUUCUAUGAUGAGGGGACACACAAUUGCUCCGGGACAAGCGACAUUGAGAUGAUGACAUUCCUUGGAUCUCUCACUGUUAAAAACGGACUGAAGGGUUACCGUCCGUUUUCAGCAUGUGACAGCGCCGGGUACGCACUGAAUAGGAAAACAGGUCAAUGUCUGAAGAUAGUGACAGAGAACAAAAACUGGGAGGAUGCAAGACAACAUUGUAUGAACGACGGAGGUGUGCUGGUUAAAGUGGAUACCACAGAAAGGAUAGCAGGGGCGACCCACGUCUCACGCAUUUAUCUUAGCGCUUUCGGAUCGUUCCACGUUGGAGCCUCUGACAUAGCAUCAGAAGGCGAAUGGAAAUGGCUGGAUGGCACAUACGUUACCGGUAUCCCAGGAACCUUUGACAAUAACGACCCGACGUUCACUCCCGCACCACCGGCCAACUGUGCUCGUCUCUCUACGUCGCUUCAAGAAGUGUACGACGACAGGUGCGGCGGAUUGAAAUACUUCAUCUGCGAACGAAGAGAGCUUGAAACACUGUAA